AUGGUGAGUCAGACGCACAGUGGUGCUGCAGGCAGCUGUGUUGAUGUGAUUGAUGAGGCCGGUGUAGGAGCGAUAGGCUUUGACGCAGCUUUCAUUGGGGCAGACAAAUUCGAGCUCAUCGUGGUGGCGCUGCAGAGCGGUAAUUUGGCGCAUCAUUCUGGGGCCCAAGCAGCGGCGCUGAAAACCAGCUUCGUGAAAACGAGCAUCCUCCAAGACGUCAUCGGCUGCCAACAUGGGGUCACGUGUGUCCCCGUGCAGGAAUCGUGGGGCGACCAAGGCUUGCCGACCUUUGCGCCGGGGCAUAAAGACCUCCAGCUCGUCAAUGGAACCUCGAGAAUAGGUAGAGAUGGGCAUGUGAACGGCAGUCAGCUGGACAGUUUCCACAUCCUGUUCAUCUUCAACGUGUGCAUCUGCCGAUGCCGCAAUAGCGACUUCAGCUCUAUGCCCACCCAUGUUGAUCUUGGACGAGCGGUAUCCUGGCUGACGUGA